AUGGCCGAUUCACUUACCGAGGAGCAGGUCUCCGAGUUCAAGGAGGCCUUCUCUCUGUUUGACAAGGAUGGCGAUGGCCAGAUCACGACCAAGGAGCUCGGCACGGUCAUGCGCUCGCUCGGCCAGAACCCGUCCGAGUCCGAGCUGCAGGACAUGAUCAACGAGGUGGACGCCGACAACAACGGUACCAUUGACUUUCCGGAGUUCCUCACGAUGAUGGCACGCAAGAUGAAGGACACCGACUCGGAGGAGGAGAUUCGCGAGGCAUUUAAAGUCUUUGACCGCGACAACAACGGCUUCAUCUCAGCGGCUGAGCUGCGCCACGUCAUGACGACCAUUGGCGAGAAGCUGACGGACGAGGAGGUCGACGAGAUGAUCCGCGAGGCGGACCAGGACGGCGACGGCCGGAUCGACUACAACGAGUUUGUGCAGCUCAUGAUGCAGAAAUAA